GUUCGGUUUGAAAUUCUGCGCAGGCCUAACGGCUCGCGGAACGGCUACCGGGAGUGAGACCGCCGGUGCUUGCGGGUGGUUGCUGCGCUCGGGCCCGCGUGGAGAGGGUCGGGGCCUCGACGCCCGCUCGCUUGGAGCGUCCACCAUGAGGAGAAGUGAGGUGCUGGCAGAGGAGUCCAUAGUAUGUCUACAGAAAGCCCUGAAUCACCUUCGGGAAAUAUGGGAAUUGAUUGGGAUUCCAGAGGACCAGCGGUUACAAAGAACUGAGGUUGUAAAGAAGCAUAUCAAGGACCUCCUGGAUAUGAUGAUUGCUGAAGAGGAAAGCCUGAAGGAAAGGCUCAUCAAAAGCAUAGCCAUCUGCCAAAAAGAGCUGAAAACUCUGUGCAGUGAGCUACAUGUCGAGCCAUUUCAGGAAGAAGGAGAGACGACCAUCUUGCAGCUAGAAAAGGAUUUGCGCACUCAGGUAGAACUGAUGAGAAAACAGAAAAAGGAGAGAAAACAAGAACUGAAACUACUUCAAGAACAAGAUCAAGAACUGUGUGAAAUUCUUUGCACGCCCCACUAUGACAUUGACAGCACCUCAGUUCCCAGCUUAGAAGAGCUGAGCCAGUUUAGACAACACGUGGCAACUCUGAGGGAAACAAAGGCAUCUAGGCAUGAGGAGUUCGUCAACAUAAAGAGACAGAUCAUACUGUGUAUGGAAGAAUUAGAACACACACCAGACACAAGCUUUGAAAGAGAUGUGGUCUGUGAAGAUGAAGAUGCCUUUUGUUUAUCUUUGGAAAAUAUUGCAACACUACAGAAGUUGCUACAGCAGCUGGAAAUGCGAAAAUCACAAAACGAAGCAGUGUGUGAGGGGCUGCGUGCUCAGAUACGAGAACUCUGGGAUAGGUUGCAAAUACCUGCAGAAGAGAGAGAAGCUGUGGCCACAGUUAUGACGGGGUCAAAGGCCAAGGUCCGGAAAGCGCUGCAAUUAGAAGUGGAUCGGUUGGAAGAACUGAAAAUGCAAAACAUGAAGAAAGUGAUUGAGGCAAUACGAGUGGAGCUGGCUCAGUACUGGGACCAGUGUUUUUAUAGCCAGGAGCAGAGACAAGCUUUUGCCCCUUACUAUUCUGAGGACUAUACAGAAAAUCUGCUUCAGCUCCAUGAUGCCGAGAUUGUGCAGUUAAGAAACUACUAUGAGGUUCACAAAGAACUCUUUGAAGGUGUCCAGAAGUGGGAAGAAAGCUGGAAGCUUUUCUUAGAGUUCGAGAGAAAGGCUUCAGAUCCAAGUCGAUUUACAAAUCGUGGAGGAAAUCUUCUAAAAGAAGAAAAGCAGCGAGCCAAGCUCCAAAAGACACUCCCUAAGUUGGAAGAGGAGUUGAAAGCAAGGAUUGAAAUGUGGGAACAGGAGCAUUCAAAGGCAUUUGUGGUGAAUGGGCAGAAGUUCAUGGAGUAUGUAACAGAACAGUGGGAGAUGCACCGACUGGAGAAAGAGAGAGCCAAGCAGGAACGACAACUAAAGAACAAGAAGCAAACUGAGACAGAGAUGCUCUAUGGUAGUACUCCGCGAACACCCAACAAGCGGCGAGGACUGACACCUGGCACGCCGGGCAAAGUGCGCAAGCUGAACACUACCACUGUGUCCAAUGCUACGGCCAACAGCAGCAUUCGGCCUGUCUUUUCGGGGACAGUCUGCCGCUCCCCUGUGUCUCGCCUUCCACCUUCUGGCAGCAAGCCAGUCACCACUUCCACCUGUUCGGGGAAAAAAACACCCCGUGGCCUCAAGCGUGGAGCCAACAAGGAGAACCUGGAGCUCAAUGGCAGCAUCCUCAGCGGUGGGUACCCUGCCUCGGCCCCCCCACGGCGCAACUUCAGCAUUAAUUCUGUUGCCAGCACCUAUUCUGAGUUUGCGGAUCCAUCCCUGUUGAUCCAUCCCAACAGCUCCACUGUUGGGCUUCAGGUCUGUAUGGCAACCCCUGCAUGUCCCAUGUCCCUUUUCCAGACUGAUCUGUCAUCUGCUGGCUUCAUUCCCAUCUGGGCACAGGGCUACACUAACCAAUAAUCUCAGCUGUACUAUCAUAAAACCUUUUUUUAACAAAGGAAGCAGGAAUUCCUAAUACGGACUUCAGAAAUAAUAAAUAUCUGGCUUAAGUUCCCAACAGACUGACUAACCUGCUGAUUAACUUGUUCAGACUUGAAUUGGAUUCUCAGCCCCAUCUAAAGUCAGGCAAAGUUUUUUUAUCAUGUUAUUUCACAACAGAAAACUUUCACCCUCCCCAGUUGUGACAUUAAAGGCCUCCAAUGUGCUGCAAGGAAUAGAGGCCCCACCACGUGGGGAGGGGAGCCCCAGCUGUGUGCUGCCUAUGAGGUUCUUGGCCUGCGUGCUGAUUACUUCCUGGAGUAUAUGUCUUACUAACCCCUCAGAGCUGAACUGCCACCUUUCUGUCUACUCUGAGCUAGCCAAUGCUCACUUCUUUGCCUUUGCCUAUUUUCUACCACAUUGAGCUGCUAAAGCAUAUAUGAGGCACUGGAAGAAAGUAAUUUUUUCCCACAAUGCUCUUCAGCUCCUAGUAACGUACUCCACAUUUACCAACACUUAACUGCAGUGCGCUUUCCUUAACAAUGUGUUCUGUCUUCCCUCAGUAUCUAGCUGUUGAGAGGUAAGCCUGCCCCUCACCUUUGUGGGGGAUACUGAGUUAAAGCCUAGGGCAUCGACUCUCUUGCUGCAGUGAUGGAGAAUGUGACGGCUGCCCAAGGCUAUUGUUCAUUUUGAGCACUGAAGCUAGCUUUAUAUUCUUUUACUUUUGUCAAGUUACUUGACAGAGGUGGUUCUACCUAUAGAAAGAAGGUGGGUAUUUGUCACUCUGGCUAGCUGAUUGCUGGACAGAGUCCAGCUUUCUCUUUUGUUUGCUCAGCCAAGCCCACUUCACCCACUUGCUGCUUACAAAUAUCUGUUUCUCUCUGGCUAGGCCGAGGGAGAUUCUUCUGGUUUUGGUUGCUAUGGCUGGUAGACUCCACCAGGCAGCACUGAAGCCAGUAGACUAACCUCUACUAACAUCUGUCCUUUCUCAGUGGUCAUUCCUGCUCUGUCUUCUGCUUCUAUACCAUGUGCUCCAGCAUGAGAUCAAAUCACCAGCAGGUUACAAGGCCCUCAGCCCCAGGGAUUGGUAGAUACAUGUUCUGGCCCAUUGUUUCCUAAAGGGUUCAAAAGACCAAAGCUUGUUGCCUACCUAGCUUGACAACUCAGAGAGUACUUUGUGAAGUAUAAGGGAUUUCUCUUCUGUGAGGUUUUAAUAGAAUGGACUGGCUGAGGAAAGGAAUCAAGGGGCAUAUGUGCACAUGCUUAAUCUGUGACUAAGGUGUUCAGAGUCCCUCCCCUUUUGUUCCUAACACAGCCUGUGCUGGGCUGUAUGCUGACACUCACCUGUGCUUACAAGGGCAGGGCAUGCAUGAGAGGGGACAGUAA